AUGACAACUUCCUUAAAAUUAAGUCCUAACGGUAAAAAUGAUGCAAAACUUAUUGAUUUAAUGGGGACUGGCUUGGCUGAAAUUACUGGUCCAACCGACCAAUUAAAAAUAAUUCAAAGACUAAUUUGGUUAAAAGAUGAGGUUAAAAACACCAAGCCGAAUGCCCAAGAUAGUUUUGACUUUGAACUGGCUCUAUUGAACCUAGAAGAAUUAUUAAACCGAACCUUACCGGACAAAUACGGCUCAGUUGACGACUUGCUUAGCAAUGAGGGACCAGAUAUUAAUUUCUCCUUACCAGACCUGAGGGCUGACCUCGGUCAGUUGCCCCAACCAACCGCCAAUCCACCGCCAGAAAACAUUAAACAUAUUCUCUUUGACUUAAAAGAUGUGGAUGGAGCGAAAAUAUAUGAUGGAUUAGAAGCAUGGAUGGGUUGCUUUCAGUUAAUUCUUGAUCUUGGCUUAACCAAAAAAUCCCAGUUAGCAAUUCUCAAGAAGGCAGGCUAUAAAAUAAAUGACCUCUUAGAAUUAAAAAAGGAACCAGAAUUUUACAAGGCCACUUUGGACCCCGCCACUAAUCAGUUUCAAGUAGAAAAAAUCGACCCUAAUAAGCCAGUUCGUUACACCAAAGAAAAUAUUGAUAAUUUUCGGGCUUUUGCCACUGGUUAUAACGGUCCGCAUCAAGACAUAUUUACUAAGGAAAAAACUAUCAAAGGACCCCUGGACGGCAACGAUGUUAAAGUUUAUGCUAAUCGCUUGCCGGAAGAGUGUUUUGGUUUUCAGCCCGGUGAUGUUUAUGAGAAUGGUGGUGAUUAUCUUUAUAUCAAUGGUGGAUGGUUUUUUGAUGGAGAAACCAAAAUAUUUUGCGAUAUUCUUUCUGCCCAAAAUGCCGAGGAGGCCAUGGAUUUAGCGUUUUACGGCAAAGAUUACGAUGAACUGCAAAGUGAUAAUGCGGUUCGAAAAGGAAACCCUAAUCAAGUCGGUGAUGAAAAGCACCCCAAUAUUAACCUUCAAUUUAACGAGGUGAAAGAUGCCACUGGGGCGGGAGCCACUGAUGCUCCCAAAUACGACGACCCUGCCAUUCAGGUCAAAAUCGACCAGGGUUAUCAGUUGACGAAAGAUUUUAUCGCAGAUUACGAGAAAUUACUGGCUGUUAAUGUGGCCAAUCUCAACAAAACUCAAUUAACAGAGGCUAAAACCAAAGGAAGUGAACUGGGGAAAAAGAUUUAUCAAAAUUGUCAACCCGACCAAAAUGGAUUUACCGAGCAAGUAUUUGGCGAACUGAAAAAGUUGGUGAAAUUGUUGGAGGAGACCCACGGCACGAAAACGGCCAACACGAAAACUGAAUUAGAAAAAUUUAUUUCCGACAGCAAAAAUGACCCCGACAAGAAAAAAGCACUAGAAAUUGCCAAAAAAGUUAAAAACCACGAUAAUGAUAGUAAAGAUUGCGUGGAAUUAGCCCGGGAAAAAUUAAAAACUCCCCAAGAAAAACAACUUGAAAAAGCCCACCAACAAUUAAAAAGUCUGCUGGCUGGUCUAAAAAUUAAUGGUAAAGACGCUUAUGAAGAAGUAGUAGCCGAUAUAAAAGACUCCGAAAUCCAGAUUAAUAAAGCCAUUGAAAUCUGGCAAAAGUGUCAAGCGGUUGAGACAGCCACUAACGAUGAUGAAGGAAAAUUACUGAAUGCUCUCAAUAAUUUCAAAAACGAUACCUCUAACAGCCCGGCAUGGAAAGCAGUAAAUAAGUAUAAAAAAGACGGGGAAGAUAUCAGAAACGCCAAAACUAAAGCCGAAUUUCAGAAAGCCAAGGAGGAAUUUAUGAAAAAGCAUGAAUAUAAAAAUAAUAAGCAAGAUUAUGAUGAAAUCUAUUUGGUUUUAGCCGAAAAAGCGGCGGAAAUUCGCGAGAAAGGAGCCAGUGCUAACGCCGAAGAAAAGGAACUAACCGAAUUAAUGGUGGUGGUAUUAUCAGAUUAUAACGAUUGA